GCGGUCAAAGGACAAGCUACCGUCAGAGUCCCUUCUACGUCAGUAUUGCGCCUGUGGACUGGGCAGCUCCAUAAAACCAACCCAGCUCAGCCAGCCCUACUCUGAAUAAAACCACUUACCCACUUGAAUUGACACCCACUGGUCGAAAUAGUAAUAAAUCGCUAAUAAUAAUGGCACAUGAAAACAAACUCCCCGGCGACCCGCUCACGGCCAGAUCCCAAGUCUUGGAAACAGCGGCAGGGGCCACGCAGACUCUCACGCCCGUCAAGCAGAUUUGCGCCCAUCUGCAUGCUUUCCAUGUCUAUGCUUCUGAUCCGACGCGCUGUGUGGAGGCGAACCACUACUGUUCGCAUUUGACGGAGGACCUCCGGCAGUGUCUUAUCUACGACUCCCCCGAGAAAAACGCCCGACUGAUCGGCAUCGAAUACAUGGUAUCUCCGCGCCUUUUCGAGACCCUGCCGUCCGAAGAACGAAAGCUGUGGCACACGCACGAGUAUGAAGUGAAAUCUGGCAUGCUGAUUAUGCCGACACCGCGCGGAAUCCCCAACCCUGUAUGGGAGGCAGCAGAGACGGCGGAAAUGCGAGACCUCGCGCCCGUCUAUGGCAAGACGUACCAUUUCUGGCAGGUCGAUCGUGGCGAUAGAGUCCCAAUGGGUGCGCCGCAGCUUAUGGGGAGUUUCACGAGCGAGGAGAGCGUGAGGAGAGCGGCGCCCGGUGGGUUGGCUGAGUUGGUCGAGGAGCGGGACGAGGCGUUUGGAGUGGAUACUAUGAUCAAGCAGGAAAAGAGGAGAGACAUUGAACCUGUUGAAAAACACCCUGAUGCGGAUGGUAUGUGGCAGGGCCAUAGACAGGGCCAUGGGCAGGAGUCAGCUAAACCGAGGCCAGCUGCUGGUGCUACGUCGAAUAUUGGCGAGCAGCGCGCGGCUCAGCAUGCAGCCCAGCAUGCACAACCGGGUGGAAGCUCUAUAAGGGCAUUCUCGGCCAUACCUGGGUAGAUUGGGCUGCUCAUGGCAUCUCUAGCUACUGCGCCUGGGAAUCUUGGCGACGGCACAUGUAAUUGGUGGUGAUUGCACUAUAAAAAUGAGGAUCAUGCUUGGAUAUUGCCCAACUAUAUCGCUGACUAGAUGAACGGGGUCCGUAGUAUGGUCUCAUGGUGUAAGAUGCUAGAAAUGAGUUGGAUGCGUACUUCAGGGUCAACAUAAUACGGAUUACUGACCACAACCAUUCUUACUCUCAUUGUAUUAGACCAACAUAAUUAAAGUGACGAGAUUUGAUAUGGAUGAACCACCCCGUCAGUGACAACUGAGAAG